AUGCCUGGUAUUUCUCCGUCUAGCCCAUCUGGGGACGAGGCGCCUUGCCUCACAGUGCCUGCCGAAAGUCAGGGACCAUGCGACUUAUGCUUAUCUAUUUCACGCUCUGCCGACGAUGAGGAGAAAUCGUCAGCCACCCACAUUGAGCCCACCUGUACUACAAGUCUCAGGCCUGACAAGGAUGCUGACGAUAAGCACGGGUACUGGUCCGAAGAUGCGAAAACUUGGCGUCCUACAUGGCUCCAGCCGGCGGUAUUGCUGGCAUUCGUUGCCUUCUUCCUUGUUUCUACCAUCGCACUUCCUGCCAUGUUUUGCAUCUCUCUGCGAAACAAUGGACUUCUGGAAACGAGAGAGAGCCUCGUUCACAUUUGGCGGUUUGGCCCAACAGCCAUGUUUACGCUCAUAUCCAUUGGCUGGUCGAGGGUAGAGAUGCAAACGCUGAGGUACAUGCCAUGGAUCGCUUGUAACCAAGAAAGCUUGGACAGAGUCUUGGAGACGAAAACAUUAUCUCGUCUUCCUCGUCGCCGUUAUUGCGUUGCCCUGAAGAUUCAGAUUGUUCUCGCCCCGGGCCUGUAUAGCAUUCAGACAAUCGAAGCUAUAAAUCCAAUUGACAUUGAGAUUCUCGACUCAUUCAACACAACUAUACCGGCUUGGCAAUCUAGAGAUACUAGGCCAUAUUAUAUGGCGCAAGCCAUCGGCAACUUCGAUAUGGGCUAUCCCUUUGGAGUCAAUGAACAGAUAUCAUAUCAGAUAUUCAAGAGAAUAAGUGGCUCUCGAGGCACAGUCGAUUCACCCAUCGAAGCUACCGUGGCUGGUCUUUCGACGGAAACACAACCUGAAUCUACAUUUCAAUGGCUGCGAGGGGCCACUAUCGAUACCUGGAUCCCAGAAUACCAUCAAAUAUUACGGCAAAACAACUGGAAACUUUUCUCAUUGGGGAAGCCAUUCUGCUUUGAUCAAACCAACAUCAUACCCACCAUCAAUUCUUCGUCGUUGGACUUUGAUCUUGCAGCAGUCCUUUGCUCUUCUGGCUUGUGGGUCUCAAGAGUCAAGGUCACCGACAACGGUACGAUGCCGCUAGUUGAAGUAUUACCGGACGAGAACAGAUACCCAAUCACCGCAAACCUUUGGGAUCUUAUCGGUAAUUCCGUACCUUUUGGUUUUAGUUGGAACCAAUCGAACAUCAAUCGGGUGUCGGGUCCAGUUGACACUGCCUAUAGCUUUUUCGGCAACUUGUCAAGAAUGGGCGUAGACUCAUCGGGCGCUUCUCUAUACACAAAUGAGGUGCUUUACCGAUCAGUCAUGGAUAUGUCUCGUAUUCUUGGCCCAUGGAUCGGACACUAUCGUCUUCGGCACAGCGAUGGCCAAUAUCUCAAUGCAACCGGGGCCGUUUUCACAAAAGUGACCAAGCUGAUGGUCAACAAGUGGACUUGCUUAUCCAUGACGACGAAUUUUGGACUGGAAAUGCUCAUGGUGGCUCUUGUACUUCUCUUCUUCGAAAACAUGACUAUGAUUUGGUACCGAGAUCUUCUCACAGUCAUUGGAAACAUGAUUUUUCUCCAACAUCAAAGAAGAUCUUCGGACGGAGGAUCAAAAGAUAGCCCUAAACUCAAAGACAAAGCGAUCGAAUGGGGCAACUGCGACUUUACACCACUUGUGUUGAAAGUUUGGGCACGGGCAUCCAUCAUUUCUCUCAUCGUUGUCGUCACAACGGGCCUCUCUUAUUCUCUGAAGACAUCGAUGGAGUACCAGGGAAUCGCAACAGUGAGUGAAGAGGCGAACCAUGCGUAUCUGUUGUGGACUUCUGUCCCGACACUUUUGAUGCUCAGCAUUGCAUUAUAUAUCAACUCUUUCGACUCUACAUACCGAGGUCUGGCCACACUAUCCGCUCUUGCUAUCAAAUCGUGUAGGGUCACAGCAAUGGAUAUGUCGUUUUCGAAUAUGUUAGGGCUACAAAUACUCUACCACUCACUUCGAGCACAUAUUGGAACUGUCACCGUAACGCAGUUCUUAGCCAUUAUCUGUAGUCUGCUAACAACUCUGGCUUCGGUUGUUUUUACCAUCAAGACAAUCCCAGAGACGAGCACGAUCUCGUUACAACAGAAGACCUGGUUUGGGUCUGGAGAGAUAAGGAACGCUACAGAACUCAGCCGCAAGAGGCAGACUCUAAGCAGCCUCGUUCUACGUCAGGGUGACGGACUUCUCACAUACCCCAAAAACACGUACGAUACUCUUGUCUUUCCAACAUUUGGCCCCAGCGAUGGAUUAGACCCUUCGCAGAAUAUUUCAAUCAAGGUCAACAUGUCAGUUGCGAUGCUGAAGCCCAACUGCUGGAUAGUGCCUCCAGAUGUUUAUAACCUGACAAAACUGGAACGGAUCGACGACUCCGACGGUUACUUCACAGUUCAGCCCCAGAUCACCGAAAGCUUUACUUGCCCUAAUGGGAGUCAAGCUCAACUCUCCCAAACCAUCGCUUUCGUCCUUGGCGAAAGAAAGUCCGACUACGCAUACUUAGCAACAGGAUUAGACUCUCCAGAGGACCUACGCAUCGCGAAUAGGUCUUGCGGCUUGAGUCUCCGCGAUACCGAUACCAUCCCGGCUUCAACCAAAUUCAUGACCUACGCCCUGGGAAAAUAUUCCCAGGAACAAGAAAAAUUCUUCCAUCUCUCUAUCACAAGAUGGGAUUUACCACGACCGGAUGAGUCUCGAGCUCAGCCCUGGGGCAUGCCUUUCAACAUACCAGACAUCCGUGAUGCACUCCCAGAAGUAAUGGCGAGUGACUCUUACGCAGGGUACUUCGACUCCUGGUUUAGAAUACUGUCUGUCCCAUUUGGCCGAUUUUCUUUGGAUGCAUUCGGGGACCCAAAUUUCGAGGAAGAAAUCCUCAUAGACAUACACCAUUUAUAUGGAUUCCUUGCGGCUCAACUAGUAAACCUUGAGAAUCGCAUUGACAUCACCCAGAAUUCGAAAGACAGCCCUCCGCCAACCCCUUUCAAUCUGACUGCCAACGUUAUCAACCUCAGUCGUCGCCGCCUUGUCCAGGAUCCGAUAGUGACCUACGUAAUCAUAGGGAUCCUGACUUUGACGGCACUUCUGAGUCUAUUGAUGUUGAUCACUGAAUCGCUCGGCACGGCCUCGUCGAAAUCGCAACUAUUUAGCAUGAGAAUCGAGGGCCUUGCACCAGAUGGAUACAACAGCAUAGCCGCAAUGACCGCCCUCCUCAAAGACUCAAACGCAAUGGACCACCUCCCCGAAGGCGCCGAGCACAUGUCCAAGAAGGAACUCCACGAAAAGCUCUCCGGUCUCCGGUUCCGAUUGGGUUGGUUCUGGCGCGAGAGUACACAGACGCGGCACUAUACCAUUGGCGUCUUGGAUGAUGAGAACUUUGAUUUCCUGGGAAACAAGGAUGAGAUUGCGAGGGAGGAUGCGUUGUUGAGGCAUCCUCCUGAACGAGGGCGGUGA